AACACAUCUCUAGAUCUAGAGAAUCUAAGUAAGGAAGUGUGAAGACUGUGGCACUGUAGAUCUAGUCUAUAUUGACUAUAUUCUUUAUACUCAACUUUAUAGUCUAGAUUCUAGAUCUAAAUAUAGAUCGAAGUUUGUCAUUCCCUCCAACUUCGUAAGAGCUCCAAUGCCAGAUAAUAUACAUAUAUCACUCUCAGAAGUCAUGUAAUCUUGGUAUUAUUGUAUUGUCAGUGAGACUAGUUGAAGAAAUCAGAUCAUUAAGGGGAAUUAUUUUAUGAUUUAAAAAUGGUGAACACUCCCAUACCAGCCAGCUUAAAAUCAGAAGCCAAAAAAGCAGCAAAAAUUUUGAGGGAUUUCAGCAUGCCAAGUGCUAAGACUGGACCAGAUAAACUUAUACCAGCUGGUAUUAUAGCCAAAGCUAAAGGUUUAGCAAUCAUCACAGUAUUCAAAGCAGGAUUUCUAGUAACUGCAAGAGGAGGUAGUGGUAUUGUCAUAGCGAAACUUAGUGAGGAUGGAGAGGGAGAUUAUACAAAGGGUUGGUCUGCACCUUCUGCAAUAGCAAUGGCUGGGCUUGGUGGAGGCUUUGAAAUAGGGUUAGAGGUCACAGAUUUUGUCAUCAUCUUAAACACAAAGUCUGCUGUGGAUGCUUUUUCAAAGGGAGGUAAUCUGACUCUAGGUGGCAACUUCACCAUAGCUGCAGGCCCUUUGGGCAGGAAUAUUGAAGGGGAUGUAGCUGUCAGGAGUCCUGCUGCCAUCUACACGUACUCAAAGACUAAAGGACUCUUUGCCGGCAUCUCUGUGGAAGGGAGUGCUCUCAUUGAGCGCAAAGAUGCCAACAAAAAAUUCUACGGAAGAGAGAUUCGUGCCCACCAAAUACUUAAUGGAGAAGUUGAUGCCCCUGAAGAAUGUCAAGCUUUGUAUGAUGUCUUACAAGAACAUAAAGAAUUUGCGGCACAGGCACUCUUGAAAAUGGGGAGAACGCAAAGUAUAAAGUUUGCCAACAGGUUUGAAGAAGCAGCAUCUUCCCAGAGUCACAAAUCAUCAUUCUCUGAUGACUGGAGUCAUGACUCAAAGCAGUCUACUUCAGCAUCUGUCAGAAGAGCAUCCAGUACCACCUCUGCCAAAUCUAAAUCAUCAGCACCUUCCCACAGCAGCAAUGACCCAUGGGCCUCUGCAUCUGCGCCACCCCCACAGUCCAAACCUUAUGACCCCUGGGCAGAUAUAGACAGUGUCCAGCUCCCUCAGACUAAGAAGCAGUCUGUUCCUAUAGAGACUUUUAAAGUCAAAGCAGAGUUUCCUUUCAAAGGGGAGUUAUCCUGUGAUUUGUCUUUCAAUAAAGGGGACAUCAUAGAAGUGACUACAUACACAAAGAGACAAGAUGAUUGGUGGGAAGGAAUCGACAGUUCAGGACGUAAAGGAAUAUUUCCAGCUAAUUUUGUGCGUAAGAUUUAAUUAGGAGCUGCUUUUUAUCACAAACGAUGGCAUGUUACUAGAUUUGAUUGAGUUUCUUGCUAAAUUUCAUGACAAUAAAAAUCAUGCUGUGAUACUCUUGCAAAGAUCUCAUUUUUCAGGUGUCAGAAAAAAUCUCAGUAAAAUUAGACAGAACAUUGGCAUGAGUCUUCAAUACUUUUAAUUCAUUGUCUUGUCUGGUAAACAAUGGGUUGGGGCUCGGGAGGGUUAGGUUUCUUGUUAUUCACUUUCUCCUUUUCUAUCUACUCAACUGUCCUUUGUGCUUCAUUCUGAAUACCUUAGAAUAGUUUUCUGAUAAACUCUUUAAGGGACUGAAUAUCUAUCCAAGAAUAUUCAUUACUGUGUUAUUUCUGCUAUGUUUAUUACUUUUUCUUUUUUAUUCAAAGUAUUCUAAUUUGCAUCACUUGCACACAAACAGAAAAGAAAAAAUUGAAGUUGGCAAAUUUUAAUUUCUUAAAUUUGAAACUUUUUUUUUUAUAGUUGUUUGGGCACGACAUGGCCUAAAUUGUGCUGAUGUGCCAAAAACUAAAAACAAAAAACUUUAUAGUUGUUCCAUGUUAUAACUCUGGAAAAUAAUAUUCGCCUGUGUGUUUAUUUAAAAUAUAUAUUCCCACUGGACUCAUUGUAAUUGGACUGAUAUCAUAAUUGGGUAUAUUGUUGCUGUUGUUGUAAAUCCUAUCUGGCAUGAACAAUACAUUAAGUGUAAAGGAACUUCUUCAUUCCUACUUCUGCAUUUCUGCGCUACACCCCACCCUGCGUUAAUUGAUUACAUCAAUAUAUAUUGUGUCUUUGUGCUUUCAAAAGAAGCUAUGAAGUAACAUUGUAGAGAUUAGAUGAUGAAGGAAAUAUUUUUGUUUCAUUUUAUAGAAGCAUUCCUGUACAUUUUGCAUUUGACCACAUUAAUAUUCUGAUUGUAUUUUUAAUAAGACAUUGUAUUGGAAUUAACAUUUUGUUAAUUUUUUUCUGUCAUAUGACCGAGGACAUUAAUUAGCUGUACUAAUGCUUCAAUGCACAUGUAUUGCCAAACCAUUCACAUAUUUAAUAUAAUUUUUCUUUAGUGUAUCUUUCAUGCUGUAGUAUGCCUAGUUGCACUAUGGUCCAAUCUUUUUUGUGGACCACCAGGGGAGGUGGGUAUCUGGUUGAAGGUUUCAUGCUGCCUUUAAGCGCUCAGCAAACACAACUCAGCUCGAGUCAGGAUUCAAACUCAAGCCACCUAUAUAGGUCGCCAAGUGGCUUAUGCCAUUCUACAUGUGGGAUAAAGUUUUGUCCUUGUUAGGGCAAAAAAUAAAAAGUACAUUUACCACUUUAGUGCAACUCUUUUUAGAUGUAGGAGUGGCCUCUAUAGUGGCAUUCAUGUUCUUUUUUUUUUUUAAUUUAUGAAGAAGCUGGAAACUAGAAAAUAAUUGUAAGAUCUUUUAUGUGCAUGUUCUCUAACCUAUGCACAGCUGUGUGCUGACAAGUAAAUUGAUAAACAAAGCCAUACUUGCCAUAACCCAGAUGUUUUAGCCUUCAUGUUGGCAUCAUUAAUUUUAAUGAAUCAUAAACUUUUAAGGUAUGAUAUGCCAGUCCUUUCAAAGAUUGCUAUGCUUCAUUUGGUUUCAAACCCCUUGACCUAACUUCUUGUGUAGAAUUGAAUGGAUUUGAACUCAAGCACCUUUGAUAGGAAGCCAAGUGGUGUUUGCUUUCAGCCACAUAUGCCACUUUUGUUGUUUUAACAGACUUUUAUAUCGUAUUAGGAAUGCUAACGUUGGACAUAGGAAGUGAUAUGCUUAUCUUGACCUGUUAGUUCCUUAGUUGGCACCAGUUGUUUUCAACAACAAAAUGGUUUGAAGAAUAAUUUUUUAAUAGGUCACAAACAUUUCUACAGGGUGUUUAUAAGGUCAUUGAGAAUACAUAUUAAGGAGCAUUACUUAGUUGUAACAACAAGUCCUUCAGUUAAUUACAAAAUUUAUAUUUUAAAUUAGGUAAGGUUUUGUACAUAUUUGUAAGAGAAAAAUUAUUAUUUAAAAAUGUGUUUAAUUAAUGGCAAUAUUGGUUCUUGUAAAAGUGGAUGUCCUAUUAAUGUUUAACAAUUCUAAACAAAAUAGAUCUGGAAUAUGUAUUUUAUGAUUCUUGACACUAUAAUUCAGUUUUUUCAAAGAAUUCUGAACUUUUAUAUCAUGUUGCAAGCAAACAUUUUGUGUAUGGUUACCAUUUUGUGGGCCGUCAUCACAGAUAUCUUUUAUUUUUUCAUUGACAUUAUUUCAAACAUUGUGAUAUCACGUUUCAUUUCAGGAAAAAUAUAUUUGUGUCUAUAAAGUGCUUUAGAAUCUGUUUGAUGUCUUUCACAACAGAGAUACAUUUGUCUAUUUUUGUUUUUAUAUCUUUUUAUUAUUUUGCAAGCAAGCAACCUAUUGUGUUAAAUAAGCAUAAUUUUUUUGUUGGGCCUGGAUCUAUAUAUUGAACUAUAUCCUAAACAUUUUUAAUGGUCACUCUCAUAUUUACACCAUUGCCUAUAUAUAUUGAAUUUUUAAAAUUACUAAUUAAAACAUUGUCAUACUAUUUUCUGUAGUACUAUAUAAUAUUACGGUUCAGUUAUUUGGAAAAUGGUAGCUAUAGCAAGAAUAAAACAUCAAAAGUUAAGGGUUCCACACUCAGACCUUGUGAUCAAUGAGGGAGGAUGGACUGGAUAUUUCUAGAGCUCAAUUAUAAAUUGUCUGGGAUAAAAUAGUGUUUACUUUUAAAGGUACCCAUUUUAGAACUUGUGAUUAACUUGUAUUAACUUCCUCCCCCGCAAAGAACAAUCUACAAUCUUCCAACUAAGAACAGGACACACACCACUAUUAAAUUACCACCUGAACAAAAUAAACUCCACACAACUACCCCUUUGCAGACAUUGCGCCCACCCCUUUGAAACCGUAAACCAUAUCCUCUUUGAAUGCCCCUCCCUAAUCCACCUUAGGCAGACCCUACUUCCACUACAGCCCAACAUAACCAACACCCUGUACAGCAGUGCUGAAUAACUGAAGAAAACAGCACACUUUUUUUCCUCGGCACAGUCUGCAAAAGAGCUCACAGCUCAGCAGCAAUAAAGCUGGCUAGAAGAAGAAGAAGAACUUGUGAUCAAUGAGGGAAGAUGGUCUGGAUAUUUCUAGAGCUCAAUUAUAAAUUGUCUGGGAUAAAAUAGUUUUCACUUUUAAAGGUACCCAUUUUAGAACUUGUUAUCUAUUAGGGUAGAUGAUGUAAAGCUCAUCUGUUUCCAUGGCCAAAAGUUAACGAGGGUGUUAAGUGCCCAGCACAAUUACCCACCCCGCCUUUACUUGUAUCUCGGGAACCAUUAGAGUUGGGUGGACUGUGGGACGUCCUAGAAAUCUAAAAGUUCAAAAUGUCAGUCUUCACCAGGAUUCAAAAUAUAUUUUUAGAAAAAGUUAAAUUAGUUUAAACCUAUUUAUUCACUAUUCUUUGGUUUCUGAAGUAAUUUUUUUUUGUAUCUUUAUUUGUUUUUAUUGGACUCUUUGUGUGUCAAUUAAUUAUCAAUUUGUCAGAACAUUUUUAUAGCAAUAACUUCUGACACCAUUAGCAAAUUUAAUUGUUUCUUUCAUCAUUACAUUGUAUACUUUUUUUUUAAAAGCGCAGACACUAAAUGUCAAAAUGUUAAUAGUUUAAUAUUAAAAUCUCUGAUUUCUUUUUCCAUGGCUUUUUAAUUUUACUUUGAAUAUGAUUUAAAUACAGAAAUAAAAAGUCAACUCACUUCCCAUAGAUCUAAGACAACAUGCUUCACUACAGUUAAGAAAAACAUGAAGACCUAUCUGUUACAAAUUUUUUAGAUUAGUUUGUCAUUUUAGCUUUCAUAGUUGUGUUUGUAAUGUUAUCACAGCGCCUUGAGCCUACAUUUUGUUUGUUAAUAAAUUAAAUUAGUAUCAUUAUUAACUCCACAAGUCUAAGAACAUUUUCAUUACUAAUUAUACUUCUUGAAGAUGUAAAAAAGAAUACAAAUGUGAAAUCACAUUGUUAAUGUAGAAGUGUAUCAGUGUAUCAAUGAGCCUGUGGAAAUUAACUGAGUAUUGAAAGAUAAUUGGGUAUCCUUCUUCAGAAGCCGAUGAUGAACCUACAUUAUUGCAGGAAAGUAACAAAAUAAUUUUAAAAGACUUGUUAGUCUUGCUCUAGUCAAGGUACAUCAGCUUGAUACAGAGCAUCGGUAGUUUUUUAUUUUUAAGUUCUACAUAACUGAAUAUUGUAGGAUCAAAAUAUUGCCACCUAAGCAUUGUUUUAUAAUGCCUCACACCCUUGAGAUCAAAAACAAAAUAUUUCCACCAUUCCUCGAUAUAUAUAUAAUAUAUAUGCUUUAAGACUUUGAAAAAAUGAAUUUUAAAAAUGCAAUGUCUCUUUUAUAUCUUCUCUUUUAUUUUAAUAUUUUAUCUCUUUUAUAUUUAUAUCUUCUCUUUUAUAGUUAUAUCUUAUCUUUUUUAUAUUUAUAUCUUCUCUUUUAUAUUUAUAUCUUAUCUCUUUUAUAGUUAUAUCUUCUCUUUUAUAGUUAUAUUUUAUCUCUUUUAUAUUUAUAUCUUCUCUUUUAUAGUUUAUCUUCUCUUUUAUGUAUAUUAGUAUAUGUAUAUAUUUUAUUAUUUUAUACGUGUUUUAUUGUUGGGCAAAUUGUUUUGUUGUUGAUGGUAGAUAUAAAAAUAUUUUUUCUAUUGCUUAUACAUUGUUAACAUAAUAACACUAUUUAUUAAGCCUUUUGAGCUAAUAUACACCUGAACUUUCUUGACGGACAUAAUAUGACCUACUUAUUUUGACUAUUGUCUGAUGCUUAUGGUGUCUCCAUAAUAUGAAUAAAAUUGCUGAAACAAUCUCCAA